CAAUCAGCACAAACAAACACGUACACGUUCUUUCAAUCGUUUCCUUCCAUUCAGCCUUUUAUCACGACAUCAGGAUCCAUCCUUGACUUUAGCCAACUCACCCAAUGGUCUCCCGCAACGCACCCAUCGACGCCCAGAUGAACGAUAUCCCUCCCCCACCCGCUUACACCGCUGUCGCCACCGUUCCGGCUCAAGCCAACAGGCCUGAACUGCCCGUCAGGGUGAGGAACCCGCAAUUGCGACUACCGGCGACUGUAAACGACCCCGAUGCGUUGGUAGUAAAGUUCCAAACUAUUGUACGAGAUGGAAAGGAGAUCGUAGUCGGUCGUCUCAAGGUCGCUACCGAUCUCCCGGCUCCCAACGAACACGCUUUCAUCCUCCGUCGAUAUGAUACGGGUGCGAUCAGUGUCACUACCAUGUUCAAGGCCGCCUUCCCUGGUGCGACCGAAGAAGAGGAGGAGCGUGAGAUGCGCUGGAUCAAGUCCAUGUUCGAUAUGACUGGUAUGAACGGAAGCAGGGACGGUGCGACGGUCAAGUUGGCUGGACACUGGAUCCCGCCUGCGACCGCGACCAGUCUUGCUGGUGGUUAUAGGAUGGGAGAAUGGAUCAACGCCAUGGUCCGAGCCGCACCCGUUGAAGGGGUCGCCUACAGGAAAUCCCAGCGAUCUCAACAAGCCUACGAUCAAGCCGCCAAGAAGCAAGAAACGACCUCGAGUGCCAGGACGGAAGGUGCUUCUCAGUUGGCUCCUCCUGCAUCUGCCGCCGCUGUUCAGUCGACUCAGGCUGUCUCGAGCAGGACGAGGAGCGGGACCACUCCCGAGAUGCACGUCCCUGCCAGACGGGCUGCUGAGCCUACUCCCAAGCGUGCUCGAAGGACCCGGGAGACGAGGGAUAGCCCGUCCACAACUGCCGGCGCUUCCAGCAGUGCGGCCACUACUACGGAGACGACUCCGGCUGCUGAACCCGCUACUGGGACAACCACUGCCGAGCAACAGAACGAGACCAUCGGAUUGACCUUGGAGUCUACCCGGGAGAUCAGAGCGCCCGUUGGGACGAUCAUUGAUGCCGAAGCUCAGAUCGCACAGAGCAAAGCGGACGUGCUGCGAUUGAAGCAAGAGGCCGAGGCCAAGGCCGCUGCGGGUCAGACCCCGGAAGAGAUGGGUCUCAUGGCUCCUACCACCUCGACCGUCAUCGACGCCGCCUCCGAAACGAGUAUCCUUCCUUCUGCCGGCUCUUCUUCAUCGAGCACUGUGCGAGGCCUCAAGCGUACCGCCGACCAACAAGCUGCGGACGAAGGAACCGAGAUUGUCGGUUCCACCGUCAUCCUUCCUGGAAGUACCGCCGAACGGGUCGUCAGGAGGAGGAACGGCAGGAUCGUUGAGCCCGAACAGGCUAGGAGGCGUGGAGCCGUCAUGGGCGCCGUCAUGUUUGUCGGCGGAGCUCUUGGGGCUUGGGCUUACCAGGCUCUGCUCUAGGCGCUUGCCGGUUCAGGACGUUCACGUUCUUCUUUUC